CCACCACAACCCCUCUCUCUCUCGACCUCUUCAUUUAGACCUCUCCACACCCCGCACCAAUGGCCGAUUCGCCAAACCCUAGCUCCGGGGACCUCCCCGCCGGCGUCGAGGGCUCACCGGAGAAGCGGCCCCCGGCGGAUCGGCGGGUGGCGGCGCUUGCCGGCGCCGGCGCGAGGUACAAGGCGAUGUCCCCCGCGCGGCUGCCGAUCUCGCGCGAGCCCUGCCUCACCAUCCCCGCGGGAUUCAGCCCCUCCGCGCUCCUCGAGUCCCCCGUCCUCCUCACCAACUUCAAGGUUGAACCCUCUCCCACAACUGGUACUCUGAACAUGGCUGCGAUCAUCAACAAAAGCACUCACCCGGACAUACUGCCUUCACCUAGGGAUAAAUCAGUUGGUAGUGGCCAUGAAGAUGGGGGUUCUCGGGAUUUUGAAUUCAAGCCUCAUCUCAAUUCAUCCACACAAUCAGCGGCUCCUGCUAUCAAUGAUCCAAAACAUCAUGACACUUGUAUGCAAAAUCAUAGCCUGAAUCAUACCUCAUCAUCUGGCAAUUCGAUGACAGAGAAUAGAUCUCUCUGUUCACGGGAGUCAACUCACACAGUGAAUGUUUCAUCUCCUCCAAACCAACCUGUUGCAAUGGUUGGUCCGGCUGACAACAUUCCUGCUGAAGUUGGUACAUCAGAGUUGCACCAGAUGAAUAACUCUGAAAAUGCUGUGCAUGAGACACAGCCUGAAAAUGUAGCUGAAAAAUCAGCCGAGGAUGGCUAUAACUGGCGCAAAUAUGGACAGAAGCAUGUCAAGGGAAGUGAAAAUCCUAGAAGUUAUUACAAGUGCACACAUCCUAAUUGUGAAGUAAAAAAACUAUUGGAGCGUUCGCUUGAUGGUCAAAUUACUGAAGUUGUAUAUAAAGGGCGUCAUAAUCAUCCUAAGCCCCAGCCUAAUAGGAGGUUAGCUGCUGGUACGGUUCCUUCAAGCCAGGGUGAAGAAAGAUAUGAUGGUGUGGCAACUGCUGAAGACAAGCCCUCAAAUGUUAUUUCCAACCUCUUGAAUCAAGUACAUUCAGCUGGCAUGAUUGAGCCUGUUCCAGGUCCAGCUAGUGAUGAUGACAUCGAUGCUGGAGGUGGAAGACCCUACCCUGGGGAUGAUGCUAACGAGGAGGAUGAUUUGGAUUCAAAACGCAGGAAAAUGGAAUCUGCUGGUAUUGAUGCUGCUUUGAUGGGUAAACCAAAUCGUGAGCCCCGUGUUGUUGUACAAACUGUUAGUGAGGUUGACAUCUUAGAUGAUGGGUAUCGCUGGCGCAAGUAUGGGCAGAAAGUAGUGAAAGGAAACCCCAAUCCACGGAGUUACUAUAAGUGCACACACACAGGAUGCCCUGUCAGGAAGCAUGUUGAGAGAGCAUCGCACGACCCAAAGUCUGUGAUAACAACAUAUGAAGGAAAACAUAACCAUGAAGUCCCUGCUUCCAGGAAUGCAAGCCAUGAGAUGUCCACAGCUCCCAUGAAGACUACUGUGCAUCCUAUUAAUAGCAAUAUGCCGGGCCUUAAUGGCAUGAUGAGAGUAUGUGAAGCCAGGACUUUCACCAAUAAAUAUUCUCAAGCAGCUGAAAGCGACACUAUCAGUCUUGACCUUGGUGUUGGUAUGAGCCCAAACCACAGCGAUGCAACAAACCAAAUGCAACCUUCAGUUCCAGAUCCGAUGCAGUAUCAAAUGCAAUCCAUGGGUCCUGUGUAUGGUAACAUGGGAUUUUCAGGAAUGCCAAUGCCAACAGUGCCUGGAAAUGCACCUAGCAGUAUAUACGGUUCCAGAGAAGACAAAGGAAGUGAAGGAUUUACUUUCAAAGCCACACCGUUGGACCGUUCAGCAAACCUAUGCUACAGUAGUGCAGGUAAUUUAGUGAUGGGCCCAUGAAUGUCUCUACAGAUGGUUGUACCUCCAAGAAUCACAUAUUGCCAAUGCUCUCGUCAUUUCUCUUCAGAAGAUGCUCAACUGUGUAUCAUUUACACAUAACUGAACCGGAGGCGGUUGAGGCAUACCUGCGGGUUGCAGCGAUUGCACAUGAGAUCUUUUGGGGUUUGGAAGUCCUCGUUGUAUGUGGCGCUGCCACCCAACAUUCAUUGUACAGCAAACCAGUUAUGAUUAAUUAGAUUAUGAGAAUUUGCUUAUGUAAUCAUCUUUCUGUACUGGAAUAUGGGAUAGAACAAAAGAACCAUCCGGUGGCAAAGCUUUGUUGUCUACUGCAUAUGAACGAUGCCAGUUUGAUAUUCAUAUGGAAUGAAAUGUCAUUUGAUAAGUA